CUCGGCCGCCCUGUUUAAUGGGGGUGCGGGGGGAGGUGUCGCUUGUACACGCAACUAACUCCGGAGUGAAGGAGCGGGGCGGGGACGGGGCUCCGCGGGAUGCAGUUUAACCUCAGUUCCGUGCGGAUCCCAAAGCGCCGGCAGGAGCUAGUGCACCGCGUGUGUCCGGACUAGUGCCCCCGGGGCUGGCUCCCGCUUGCCGAGCUGCGCAUUUUAUGUAUUGCAAAGAGGAGCUUCCCCGGCUACUUCGCACUCGCUGAAGUUUCUGCGCCGUAGAAGUUUUGCCGAAGCCCUGGAGGGUCCGGCUCUGGGCAGGAUAACGAGACCCGCUGGUGGGGGGAUGCGGCGGGCCAGACCCGGGGAUUGCCGGCGCUGGUUCCCCAUAGGCAGCCUACGCGUGGGCACGGGCACAGGCUUCCGGAGCGCGCUAAAGCGCGGGUGCCCCGCCGCCUGCUCAGGUGGGGCUGGGGGCAGAGACCCCUUUAAGAGGGGGGCGCCUCGUCCCUUCGCCUUUGGGCAGGAGCCCAGCGCCUCUUCUCCGCUCUGCAUCCCCCGGGCUGCCCAGCGCAGGGCACGCGACCAGCCCGAGCGGGGCCGCCCCGUUGGCUGCUUUAACGGGGGCCGGGAGCGGAGCGUGGCCAGCGGCUGCAGGCGGUGUUUUUAGGGCUCCCUUCUCGGUACAGCGCUCAUCGCCUUAGCUGAGGCCGCAGCGCUGCGCCCAGCCAGCUGGAACCGUUGCUGGGCUGGCUUGGGCUGUCAGGGCGGAUCAGUCUGUGCGAGCUGUUUCCCGUGUCUGCUGGAGCACUGUGACCGCAGUCAACCUCGGAGGCUAGCGACUGUGCCUGUCUGCGGAGCGAGAGAAGGUGGAAAGACAUGACAUGAAUACUCUGAGUUUGCCACUUAACAUUCGCCGUGGGGGUUCAGACACCAACCUCAACUUUGAUGUACCUGAUGGGAUCUUAGAAUUUCACAAAGUCAAACUUAAUGCAGAUAGCCUGAAACAAAAAAUUUUGAAAGUUACAGAACAGAUCAAAAUUGAACAAACAGCCCGUGAUGGAAAUGUGGCUGAAUAUUUAAAACUGGUGAACAGUGCGGACAAGCAGCAGGCUGGACGAAUUAAACAAGUCUUUGAGAAGAAGAACCAGAAAUCUGCCCACUCCAUUGCCCAGCUACAGAAGAAAUUGGAACAGUAUCACCGAAAGCUCAAAGACAUUGAACAAAAUGGAUCUUCCAAAAGUUCCAAAGAUAUUUCGAAAGAUAACUUGAAGGAUAUCCAUCCCCCUUUAAAAGAUGUCCAUGGCAAAUCUCGUAUCAGUGGCCAAGGUGCUGAGAGCAGCAAAUCGGGUGUGCCAGGUGUCUCCUUGACACCACCAGUGUUUGUUUUCAGCAAGUCGAGAGAGUUUGCAAACUUGAUCCGAAAUAAAUUUGGUAGUGCUGACAACAUUUCUCACCUGAAAAAUACCCUGGAUGAAUUUCGGCCAGAAACUAGUUCCAGGGCCUAUGGUGGCAGUGCUACUAUUGUUGCUAAACCAAAAUAUGUUAGUGAUGAUGAGUGCUCAAGUGGGACAUCUGGCUCUGCAGAUAGUAAUGGGAACCAUUCCUUUGGGCCUGGUGGGACAAACGCUCUGGACAGCCAAGCAAAGCUUUCCAUGAUCUUGGAGGAACUGAGAGAAAUAAAGGAGACACAGUCCCAAUUAGCUGAUGACAUACAGAAUUUAAAAGCACAGUUUCAAAGAGACUAUGGUUUUAUUUCUCAGACAUUGCAGGAGGAAAGAUACAGAUAUGAACGAUUGGAAGACCAGCUAAACGAUCUGACAGAUCUUCAUCAGCAUGAGACUGCAAACCUGAAACAAGAGCUAGCCAGCAUAGAAGAAAGAGUGGCAUAUCAGGCCUGUGAACGGUCACGAGAUGUUCAGGAAGCCUUGGAAUCUUGCCAGACUAGGGUUUUUAAGCUGGAGUUCCAUCAGCAAGAACAGCAAGCACUGCAGUCAGAAACUGUGAAUGCCAGAGUACUCCUAGGGAAAUGUAUAAAUGUAAUCUUGGCCUUCAUGACCGUCAUCUUAGUGUGCGUUUCUACCAUUGCAAAGUUUAUAGCUCCUAUGAUGAAGAGCCGUUUCCAUAUCAUCUGCACUUUUUUUGCAGUGACUCUACUUGCAAUAUUUUGUAAAAAUUGGGAUUACAUUAUCUGUGCCAUAGAAAGGAUGAUCAUACCAAGAUGAAUCCACUAGUCCGGAUCUUUUAUUUUUUUAAAGAAAUGUGUGUGUACAAACUACCAAAAUUUUUAAUUUUGCAAUUUAAACAUGCAGACUGGAUGAAGGCUAUAAAAACACUUGAAUGCUAAGGUGUAAAUACUUCAAUUUAUACUCCGUGGCAGUUAUUUGCCUAUUCAAUUAUACUGUAUGUAAUUGGCUAAAUCUAUUACAAACUGCUCACUCCUGUAAAUCUUUUGCCUUAAUCUUACCAGCUUUCCACUUUACAAACCAGCACAUCUACAAGAGGUCAUGCUACUGGUGAUGUAAGAAACCUGAAGUGUAUUGUGUCAUUAACUAAAGUGAGGAGGAGUGAUGGUGAGAGUGCAUUAUAAUAAGUGUGUACUUGCCCCAUUCCUAUUGGAUUAAUUCAGCUGUCUAGCUUCCCAUAUGAACCAGGAUAGAAUGGCUAGCUAUAUUUUACAAUAUUAGGAAAUACCAGCCAUACUUAUAGUAUUUCCUAAUGCUAGAUGAUUUAACAUCUGUGAAUUAGAAACUGGGAAGGUGCUUAAUCACAAUCCAGCACCAUUUCCUGAUGCUUCUGCCAGUAGGCCCAUACUCAGACAGAUUCUGUAAAUGUUAUACUUUCCCAACAAUUUGAUAUGACUAGAGUCUCUUGUGAUACACAUUAGUAAAUAUUGUAUCCUUGAGCUAUUCUUUAUCAUGUGUAG